AUGCAAUGGAGCAACACCGUGGCAGCGUACGCUCAAGCCUAUGCGGAAAAAACAAAGGGUGACUGCGCCAUGAUUUACUCAACCGGGCCGUACGGGGAAAACAUAGCCGCGGGCUACUACCCUGAGUUCACCGGGGCGGAUGCAGUGAAGCUGUGGGCGAACGAGAAGCCGCUGUAUGAUCAUGCGUCGAAUAAAUGUGUGGGUGGUGAAUGUGGGCACUUCACUAAGAUGGCGUGGCGGAGCUCGGUGCGGCUUGGAUGUGCUAGAGUGCCCUGCAAGCCUAAUUCUCAGUUUGUUGUUUGGAAUUAUGAUCUUCCAGGCAACUAUAUUGGGGAAAAGCCUUAUGAUUCUUGGGUGUCUUCAAAACUGAGAGCAUCAGCCACCAGCCAAUUGUUGUUCCAAGUCACUGGAAGAAAUGCCCUCGGCGGAGAUGCGGAAAACCAGUCAAGGUAUUUUCAGCCUCCAAAUCAAGAGACCCACGACGACGGCGAUUAA